GAAGCAGUGGGACUUUGUUCUAGGAUUUGUUUUCAAAAUUUCACUUCCAUGUGGUGUAAUUCAUACAUUAAUGCAUUAGGUUUUAUGGAAAGUCAAAAUUAUCAAUGUAUUCUGUGUAAAUGUAACAGUUUUACACCAUGUACAACUAGUCUUCGAUAUUGUUCUAAAUGUAACCAUUCAUGGACACUUCAUGCAAUAGAAAAUUUUUUAAUCUAUAUCAAUCAUUUUAAUGAGCAAAUAACAUCAACAUCAUCAAAUAGACUAUUACAUAUUCUUAUAAUCCUAUGUCAAUUAACAAAUUUAAUUCUUUGUGGUUGCCAUUUAAUUCCAAUUCGAAUGAAGUUUUUGUUAGAUUAUUUCAAUGAGAUUUAUUUAACAAAAUAUCAAUUUGAACAAAUUUUGAAAAUAUUUGGUUGGUCUUUAACAGAUUAUACAUGCGGUUAUAUGAUAAAUAACUGCAAACAAUCAAUAUUGAAUAUAUGUACACCUAAUGAAGAAUAUCUAAUUUUAAAACAAAUUAGAAAUCUACCAAAUCUAAAUACAUUAGCUGAUAGUUUAUUAAAAACUAUUCAAUUUGAUCUUAUAGAAGAGAUAAAUGUAACAAAUAUGAAUAUUAUUCAAGAUAAGGAUUUAUACAGAAUUCCAACCUGUUCUACAUUAUACUUCAAUAAUAAUGAUGCUAUUUCAUCUUUUGAAUUGUUAUCUCCACAGAUUAUGUUAAAUAAAAUGUCAUCGAAUUCUAGAAUAUUCAACUCAUACUGUUUAUCAAAUCAAAUCUUAACUAAACACAGUAAUGAUUCAACAUUUAUUCAAUGUUUAAAUGAUACAUUUGACAAUUGGACUACUACUAAUAAUAAUAUUGGUCAAGAUAAGUUUUCAUCUGUAUUCAGUUCAAUUCCUAAUGAGAAUGCUCAUAUAAGCAUCCAUUCAGGUGGUCAGAUUCAUGAUGGUGAUGAUGAUCAAGCCAACCUUCCACAACAUAACCAAUUUAAAAGACAAGAAAUAUUAAAUAUGGAAGAUGAAGUAUUCAGUUUAAAUCCUGAGCUGUUAUUGAAUUGGAUUAGUAAAUUUUCAUUGGAUAUGUUAAGCUAUCAAAAUCAAACUGGAAGAAUUACUAAUCAAACAAAAAAUCUCAAGAAUAUUAUUCCUACAUAUUGGACAGGUAGUCUUAGCAAAGAAGAUUUACUAUGGUAGUUAUGAAGAAUUUGGCAGAAUAAAUCUUGUCAAAGAGAACACAUUCAUUUAUAUUUUAAGUUCAUUAUUAACUUUGAUUUAGAAUUAUUAGCUAGACAUAUCUAUUCAAAUCAACUUAAACAAUCUGAUGAUCUUUCAACUCAAGAAAUUAUACAGAAUAUACAAGUAAUAACUACUGAAUAUGCUUACGAUCAUUAUUCUCUGAAAUAUCCGUCUACUCCAAUUACAAUAAAUCAGACUGUGAUCAAUAACAAGAAAUUUGAACAAAGAAAUAAGAAGCGUGUUAUAUGUCCAAAUUGUGGGAAGACAUUCUGUGAUAAAGGAGCACUUAAGAUUCAUCACAGUGCAGUUCAUUUGAAAGAAAUGCAUAAAUGCACUAUAAAUGGAUGUAAUAUGUGGUUCAGUUCACGACGAAGCCGUAAUCGUCAUUCAGCCAAUCCUAAUCCACGUUUACACAUGUUACAUAUUAUUAAAAAUAAUGAAAAUCACAAUAAUAUUGUAAAUUAAAUUACGUUAUACAGCAAGUGUAUUUCGGUACUUCGAAUCAUUAAACGCAUUGUGAUGCCGGUUCUUUCUAUAAUUCGUCCACUUAUAGACUUACUAAAUCCCUAUAAAUACAAUUAAACACCUUCAAUAAGGUAUAUCAUCGAAAUGACAAUCUUCUUCUCUGAACAUUCUUCAUCUUUUUCAACAUUGUCAAUAAUGAAAAUAAUGAGACUGGAGUCGAAUUAAUGGUCUAAUCGAUUGAUAAUUAAAAUUUUCGAACCUCAGUUUUGUUCUUUUGAAUUUUUUAAAAAUUACCCAGCAUACGCCACAAGUGAAAUGAUCAUUUUAUUAUUUCUUUCAACUGU